CAGUUUCCUGGUUUCCACUACUCCAGCCUGAAUUAUCGCAGAACAGAUGAGCUAGCCAAUGAGCACACAACACCGACUUUCCUUCUUACACGCGCGCACAGACACACAGACACACACACCCCACGCCACAGCACACCACGAGCUCAGACAGCCACACAAACACAGCAGAUAGGGAGUGAGUGAGUGAGUGAGCGUGACGGAAACUAGUUGUGUAACUGUAACAGCAACAAAAGGAACAGAGUAAAGGAAAGCGUUUAGGAGAGGAGGAGAAGAAGAGGAGAAAGAGUUGUCUUAGAGUGCCGUUUGAGACUCUCAUCCAGCUGGUGUGAGGUCCAGUCGCUGGCAUAAAGAGAGCCUCCUCCGGAGACAAAGCAUCUCAGACAAAAAAAAAAGGACAGUGAGAGAGGAGGGUAGAAAGGAGAAAAAGUCAUCUAGUUGAGCAGCAGGGCUUUCGGAGUGACGCGCCAAAUUACGACUUCUCCGACCGCUAAACUCGAGUCAGACAUGCUGCUGCUGGACGAGCCGGACGCGCUUACAGACCAGCAGAAGAGUGCUGCGUUCAGCUCGGAGAAUGAAGCUCAGGGCGGCGACUCGUCGGGAUGGCAGUGCAUGCCCCCGUCUACCUCACCCUCAGGCGAGGCCCCCUUGCAGCCGGCCUCCGGCACCGCCGCCCGGCACGCCAGCCACAGGCCCUCGCUGGCCCUCAGCGGAGCCAAGAAGAGCCGCUCCAAGCCCGCCCACAUGAGGAGAAACAUCAGGAAGUUGUUGCGUGAGCAUCAGCUGGAAGCCGGGACUCAAUCUGCCCAGCAAGAUGAGCUACAUAGACGGAGGCGCCUGGAGAAGCACAGGAAGGACUUCCCCUUAGCCCAGCCCUCAGACUACUCCCAAACACCAGGGGACGAGUCCCUAAGCACGUCUGCUCAGGUGUCCAAACAAGAGCUAAUCUGUCUAGACGCAAGCACCAGCAGCCCAAAUGCCUGUGAGGAGGAUGCCAAAGCAUCGCGACUCUCAACACUCGCAACUAAAGAAGAUGUGAUCGAACUGAGUUCAAGCGAAGAUGACACCCUCCACACCAGCAGACGAGCGACCGAUGAGGAGGAGGAGGAGGAGGAGGAGGAAGACGACGAAGAGGAAGAGGAAGAGGUGGGGCCUGAGGAGAGCUGCGGAGCUCACGCGAAUGACAACCUCAACCAACCAGAUGCUAAAGGGCGUGUCCUGGUCAACGUCAAUCACCCAGCCGACGAGAGCAACAUCUACCUCUCCCCCCAGCUGGCCAGAGUCGUCAAGCCGCACCAGAUUGGUGGGAUCAGAUUUCUGUAUGACAAUCUGGUGGAGUCGGUGGAGCGCUACAAGAGCAGCAGUGGCUUUGGCUGCAUCCUGGCCCACAGCAUGGGCCUGGGCAAAACCCUGCAGGUCAUCUCCUUCAUCGACAUCCUACUGCGCCAUACUGGAGCUCACACCGUCCUCGCCAUAGUCCCUGUGAACACGCUUCAGAACUGGCUGUCCGAGUUCAACAUGUGGAUCCCGCCCUCCGAGGCCCUGCCCCCCGACACCGACACCGACCCCGACCACCUCACUCCACGCUCCUUCAAGGUCCACAUCCUCAACGACGAGCACAAAACCACAGCGGCUCGUGCCAAGGUGGUGGAGGACUGGUACCAAGACGGUGGGGUGCUGCUAAUGGGCUACGAAAUGUACCGGCUGCUGUCACUCAAGAAGAGCUUUGUGGCCAGCCGCAAGAAGAAGGCCAAGAAGCCCAGUGGGCCUGUCGUCAUCGACCUGGACGAGGAGGACCGCCAGCAGGAGCUUCUGAAAGGCAUUGAGAAGGCCCUCUCCCGGCCCGGCCCAGACGUGGUGAUUUGCGACGAGGGCCACCGCAUCAAGAACUGCCACGCCAGCACGUCCCAGGCGCUGAAGGGCAUCCGCACGCGGCGCCGAGUGGUGCUGACGGGCUACCCGCUGCAGAACAACCUGAUCGAGUACUGGUGCAUGGUGGACUUUGUGCGGCCCGACUUCCUGGGCUCGCGGCAGGAGUUCAGUAACAUGUUCGAGCGGCCCAUCCUGAACGGACAGUGCGUGGACAGCACGCCCGAGGACCUGCAGCUCAUGCGCUACCGCAGCCACGUGCUACAUAGCCUGCUGGAGGGCUUCGUGCAGAGGCGGGGUCAUGACGUGCUGCACUCCCAGCUGCCUCAGAAGCAGGAGCAUGUCAUCCUGGUGCGCCUGUCACCCCUGCAGAGGGCUCUCUACACAGAGUUCAUGAACCGCUUCCAGGAGGCUGGCAACAGCGGCUGGCUCAGCCUCAACCCCCUCAAGGCCUUUUGCGUCUGCUGCAAGAUCUGGAACCAUCCUGACGUCCUCUAUGAGGCGUUACAGAAGGAAAACUUGGCCAAUGAACAGGACCUGGACCUGGAUGACAUCACCACCAACCACACCCGCUGCCCCGCCCCCAACCAAAAGAGCAAACCAUCAGAGAUGGCCAGCAGUGUGGGGGGCCUCAGUCUCAGUGCCCUGCAAGAGAAGGCCAAUCAGGUCAUGUCUUACGAAUGGGCAAAGGACAUCAUGACUGAUUACAAGACUGGACUUUUGGAGAACUCUGCCAAGAUGGUCCUGCUGUUCCACCUUAUUGAUGAGAGUGUUAGAAAUGGCGACAAGAUCCUGGUCUUCAGUCAGAGUCUGUCCACUCUAUCCGUUAUUGAGGAGUUCCUGGCCAAGAGGCCGAUCCCCAAUACCAGCGGGUCCAACUGGGUUCGCAACGUCAACUACUACCGUUUGGAUGGAAGCACAUCUGCCUCUGAGAGAGAGAGACUCAUCAACCAGUUCAACGAUCCAACCAACACUUCUGCCCAUGCCUUUCUCCUAUCCACCAGGGCUGGCUGUCUCGGGGUGAACCUGAUCGGUGCCAACCGAGUGGUGGUGUUCGACGCCUCCUGGAACCCUUGUCACGAUGCCCAGGCAGUGUGUCGGGUGUAUCGCUACGGGCAGCGGAAGCCCUGUCACAUCUACCGGCUGGUGUGUGACUACACCCUGGAGAAGAAGAUCUACGACCGCCAGAUCUCCAAACAGAGCAUGUCGGACCGUGUGGUGGACGACUUGAACCCCGUGCUGACAUUCACACGGAGGGAGGUGGAGUCCCUGCUGCACUUUGUGGAGGAGGAGCCGAAACCGGUGGAGUCGGCCAAGCAGCUGCAGCCCCAUGAGGACAUGGAGCUGGUCAUCCGACAGGCCUGCCAACGCUACCCCCGCCUCAUCACCAAGCAACCCUUCCAUCAUGAGUCUCUGUUGAUUGACCGGCGAGAUUUGAAGCUGUCGAAGGUGGAGAAGAAAGCUGCUAAGAAGGGUUACGAAGAGGAGAAGCGGGCCUCUGUGCCCUACACGCGCCCCUCUUAUGCCCACUACUACCCCGCCAGUGACCAGAGCCUCACCAACAUCCCAGCCUUCAGCCAGCGCAACUGGCGACCUCCACCUAGCCCGAAAGAGAAGCCUGUAGCCAGCGUCCGGCCCGUCCAGUCGACUCCGGUCCCUAUGACGCCACGGCAGGCAUCCCAGCGACCUCCCAGGGAUAUCUCAAGCGUCCCAGGGGCAUCUUCCGGGUCUGCAAGCCCCAAUUCGGAGUUGAACUUCCCCGUCAACUAUCUGCAGAAAGCUGGUGUGGUUGUCCAGAAGAUCGUCACCACCACAGACAUGGUCAUCCCAGGUACCAACAGCACUAAAGAUGGCCAGACCCGGAUCGCUGCAGGGGAGAGCAUCCACGUCAUCAGAGGAACUAAAGGGACCUACAUCAGGACCUCUGAUGGGAGAAUCUUUGCAGUCCGAGCUGCCGGAAAGCCUAAACAGCCUGAGGAGGGCUCAGCCACAGCUAAAGAUGUGGUGCACCCAGACAGAGAAGCACUCAGCGGCGCCACCAACGGGAGCAUUUCCCCCGAGCACAAGAGAUCCUCUCCGGAGGACGGGGCCCCUGACCUCCUGCCCCGCCCACUGUCCCCGGACAGCCCUGAGAUCCUGAGCGAGCUCCAGCGCAUCAUCAAGCCCCAGGCCCACAGCCUGCCAACUGCCACGCCCGGAGCCACCCAAGAGAACGGAGGGGGGCCCGUCAAACCUGUGCCCAAGAAAGAGCCCUCCCUGUCGGCCGGCGACACCUCCAUGCCCUUGGAUCUGCGCGGCACCAAGCGCAAGUCUUCCCCAGCUGGUGACGAGAAAGCUGCCCACCAGCCACCCGCAGCCAAACAGAGCUCCACCCUCCCCCAGCCACCGGGGUUCCCCUUUGCGGGGGCCUACGGGCUGAAUCCCUCCCUCCUGGGGCCCAUGUGCCACCCUCUCUACAUGGGGGCGGGCUCGCCCUACUUCCAGCCCCACGCUCCGCUGGCUGACCCCCGCCUAAUGUUCCCCAUGACCCCCGACCCCUUCGGCCUUCCAUGCUCCUCCUCCUCUUCUUCCUCCUCUGUCUCUUCCCUGUCCCCCACCAACACCAAAAUCACACUUUCUUCCUCCUCUGUCUCCACCACCUCAUCUUCCUCCUCAAUUUCCCCAUUCUUGCUUCGGCCUGGCAUGGCAGGCAUGCUGCCCCCGGGAUUCCCCCUGCCUUACGGCCAGGCCCUGGGCAUGUACCCCAACUCCCUGCUGCCCGCCGGCCUGCCAGCCGCCACACCCGGCCCUGCCGGCACCAGCUUCCUGUCCCGCUUCCCCCUCAACACCCCACCUCUCGCCACCGACAACGAGAGCAGUAGCAGCGGCAGUCACAUGGACGACGACGACGACAUCAUUGAGGUGACAGGCCAAUAGGUAGCCUCAGUGGAGGUCAUGUGACGAGGCCCCAAGCGGCUGAGAUUGGUGUGAUUCGGCAGAAUCAAGUGAUCAUAAAAAAAAAAACCUUCAGACUGAUCUGCCAGCUUCUGCUAGCGCACCCAUC